CUUUUACUAGCUAGUGGUCCUAGUCUUCUAUCUUUUCCCCUUUUUUCUUAACACAUUCUUCACCUUCAUCUUGUCAAAUUUCUCCAUUUUGCUCCAUCCUAUUCGUCAUAUAUAGCUGUGGUGAAAGCACCUUGCUUGUGCAAUGGAUGUUACAAGCCUUGAAGCUAUGCGUUCGUUGAAAGAAAAGAUGAGCAUCGGUUAUGAAGUUACAGACAAUGACAUGGAAGAAGAAGAAGAGGACGGUGCUGGUGAUGGAUUUGUAGAUGAUGAAAAGAAGAAGAAAGUGAUGGGAAGAAGAGGGUCUCGUAUUGGUUUUGGUGGGGCGUCGCCGCCUUGUUGCCUUGUUGAGAAGUGUGGAGCUAACUUAACUGAUGCAAAACGCUACCACAAGCGUCACAAGGUGUGUGAGCUUCAUUCCAAGGCUCCUGUUGUCGUUGUUUCUGGUCUCAGGCAAAGGUUUUGUCAGCAAUGCAGCAGGUUCCAUGAGCUAUCUGAAUUUGAUGAAGCCAAAAGGAGUUGUCGUCGGCGUCUGGCUGGUCACAACGAGAGGCGUAGGAAGAGCUCAGCUGAAAUGAUCAGCGAAGGCUCAUCAAGUCGAAAAGGCAUCUGUCCUCAGUCGAAAGAGGGUCAGUGUAAGCAGCAGCAGGGUGAUGCUAGAGGCAAAGUUCUGAUGCAAAAGCCUCUCCAAGGGAAUAACACCCCUUACAAGCAUUCACAGAUCAGAUAAGCAAAGCUUUUUGCUUUGCCAUGCCGGCAUGCUCUCUCUCUUCUGUCACCCUGCCACUUCUUUGCAGUUGUUUCUAAGCUGUGUACGAAAAAAAAAGGUCUAUGUAACACAGGCGUGUCACAUGGCUAUUUAGUGUGUUUUAUCUCAAUGGAGAUUAUUUAGUAUCAGUACUUAUGGACCUCUCAGCUAUGCAUUUUCUUAAGUGAACUUAUUAAUUAGCAUUUUCUGUGCUUGGAUGGUCUA